AUGUCUCCCCAAUUCACCCAAGCUUUCCUCUUGUCGCCUGCUAUCGAUAAUUGCACCAGCUACCAUUCGACCCUCACUCCUCACGCCUGGAGGAAGCCCAGGGACGGCGAGGCUCGAAAAUCAUCUAGGAAGAUUCAGAUUUACCUGAGCCAUCUUCUGGAAGGCAUGGUGCAUCUGCUACAGAAGAAUGGAAGCGCCGCCGCGACCGACCAUUGGAAGCUGGGAAUUGUUUGA